AUGACAAAUAAUUAUACAGUAGCUGAACUGGACUCGAUCGGUAUAAACUGUCAUUUAAUUGGUACGCCUGAAGAAUAUCAUACAGCAAUCCCCUUGAAUCAUAAUUUUAAAGUAAUUACAUAUAACAUAAGGAGCAUAAACAAAAACUUUGACAGUUUCAUUGUGACGUUGCACAGGCUGAAGACUUCUUUUGAUGUAAUUGUUUUUACGGAAUGUUGGUUAGAUGAGAACACCGUUGUCCCUCACUUACCAUCGUACACUUACUAUUUUACAAAGAAAAAAAUUAAUCAAAAUUCGGGUGUAAUAGAGUAUGUGAGGGAAACCCUUGGCGUUUGUGUCUCGGAACCGGAACUGCAAGAUGCAAAUUGUCUACAACUGACAUUAGAUAAAGGAAUUACAAUCCUCGGUGUAUACCGGCCCCCGUCUUUCUUAAAUUUCAGCAACUUCUUUAGUUCCCUGGAUCAAGUCUUGAAGAGUAUCUCCAACAGGAACACCAGGUUGAUUUUGCUAGGCGAUAUCAAUAUAGACUUGCUCCUAUCGACAAGUACUCAAGAUCUAGUGUAUCAAUGUCUCACUUCGGAACAUGGACUCUUCCCUGCUAUAACGAAACCGACAAGAGGUAAUAGAUGUCUGGACCAUAUUUUUGUGAAUACCACUCAGGGCACCACAGGCGUAGUAUGCAGCUCCGAUGUAACCGACCAUUACAUAGCAAUACUCGGGAUGGCUACUACGAAAAAUCCUGAAACAAACUGUAACAGAAAUGUUCUUACACGUGACGUGGAAGCAAUAAAGAAGGAGCUAUUACAUGAAGACUGGGCCGCCUUACUAGACAACGUGGAUAUAAACCAGGCGCGAAAUAAGCGAAAACGAUCUGAAGACCUCAGCAAUGAGAUUGUUGAAAUGCGCAAAGAAAUGGCUCAAAUGUUAACUUUGAUGAAAUCGGUGGAUUCCAACCAAAAACAAUUCAUGGAAAGAAUAACAGUCGAUAUGACUUCCAUAAAAGAAAAAAUGAGCGAUAUUAAAUCUACAAUUUCUGCCAUAACAACUGAACAAGUUGCGAUGAAUUCGGAUAUAAUAACGCUACGAAACAAAGAAAAUAUUCUGCAAAAAUCUAUCGACAAAAUGCAGUUGAAAGUUGAGAAGUUGACGUCAGCGGGUUCACAACCAGCUGAUAUACCAGAACCAGUCUCGACAAAUAAAGAAGACAGAAACGCCGCAGAUAAGCUAGAAGUCAUUAAAAACAAUAAAAUCCUAAUGUCCGGAACCUACAAACACGAUGAGAUUGGAAAAGUAUAUCAAAGACAAAAGCGACCUACAAAAGUUUGUUUUAACUCAACAGACGCAGCAAAAACCAAAUCACCAACACAGAUGUUAAGAUUCAGAAGUGUCUACAUGAACAAGUAA